UCAGUCGUCUCAGGACUUCCCAGGCAGACGGUUUUGACAUGACGUCGAUAGCAAUAAAUUCUUUAAAAUCAUAGACAUUUUAUACAAGUUCUUUUAUAAUCAUAGUGUAGUGCCUUAAAGUGUAGUGUUUGUGAUAUGUAUAAAGUGAACUAUAUAAUAUGUUUCGUUAUAUACUUCUGGCAUUUUUAGCGUCAUCACCGGUUUUGACAGCGGUGUACCCUGAUCGGAUUAACUUCUGCAGUAAGAAUGAGUUUUCGUGCACGGACGGCGCAUGCGUGAGCCUGGACCGGCGGUGUGACGGCGAGAGAGAUUGCGCUGACGGCAGCGAUGAAUUCAGCUGUGGGGUCGGCUCAAAUCAGUUAGAACUUCAGGAUUUGGUGCUACAUCGACACAAGCGGCAGUCCGGGUGUCGUAAAAACCAGUGGCCCUGUCGGGAUGGAACCUGUAUACCUUUCGACGGGAAAUGUGACGGAGUAGUCGACUGUCCCGAUGCGAGCGACGAGACUCACGCCCUCUGUCGAAAUAUGCGCUGCCAGUCCAACCUGUUCCGCUGCUCGUACGGCGCAUGCGUGGACGGCACGGCGCCAUGCAGCGGUGCGCAGGAGUGCGCAGACGGCUCUGACGAACUGCUACCACACUGCAGGAACGAAACGCAAGUCGUAAAAGGAAAAUUCACCUGCAAGAACGGGGAGAAAAUACCCUCAACGGACCUGUGCGACGGAGUGAAGAAUUGCGCGGAUGGGUCCGAUGAGACGCUAGAGUCGUGCGCGGGACGGCGAUGCGCGCCGUACCUGUUCCAAUGCGCUUACGGCGCUUGCGUCGACGCCGACGCCGAGUGCAAUGAGGACGGCACUCUACAUUGCGCAGACGGCUCAGAUGAGGCAGCCGAGCUUUGCAACAGAACGACCACACCGACAAACACGGCCUCAAAAUGCGUGCUACCCGACUACCCCGAGCACGGCACAUACACGGUCGCAGGGCGCGCGGCGCGCCCUGGCCUAGUGUUCGACACCGUCACUCUCAGCGUGUCUUGCUCUCCGCCCUACCGCCCGGACGGCCCCGCGCAGUCCCACUGCGCCAACGGCCAGUGGUACGCCCCUGUGCCAGAGUGCAAACGUUUCUGCAAACUGACUCGGCAUCUCAGCGUCACCUACUCCUGCAAAAUCACCGACUCCAACAUCCUAAGCGGUGACAGAAAGUGCAACGAAUAUGAACCGAGCGGCACCGAAGUCCACCCCCGUUGCAACGACAACUACUACCACAAUGGCGUCCUCAGCUACAUGUAUUGCAUCGACGGAUUCUGGGACCAUGUCGCCACUUGCGAACCAGAAUGUGGCACCCUCACGCCCAAAGGCGAACAGUUAGUGAUCAAUGGAGUAAACGCGGAAAGAGGGGAACUGCCGUGGCAUACCGGCAUCUAUGACAAAAGGUUUACCCCCUUCAUGCAGAUCUGUGGAGGGUCACUAGCCUCAACUACUGUUGUUAUAUCAGCGGCACAUUGUUUCUGGAACGACAUAGAACAACUGUUACCAGCGAAGUACUUUGCAAUUGGCGUGGGCAAGCUGUUCCGACCAUGGAACUUUAAGGAGGGCGGACAGAAGUCUGACGUGGGCGACAUAAAAAUCCCGCCCCGUUUCUCUGGCGGGGCCAGCAACUUCCAAGACGACAUCGCCCUCCUUAUUCUGGUCACGCCAGUCGUGCUGGCCAACUAUAUACGGCCAGUCUGCGUAGACUUCAGCGUGCUGUUUGAUGAGAGGCAGCUUCGGCCGGGGAAUAUGGGCAAGGUGGCAGGCUGGGGAUUAACCUCGGAAGAUGGUAACGCGUCACAAGUUCUGAAAGUGACAGAGUUACCAUACGUUGACGUGGAACAGUGCAUUGCUGACCUGCCUUUUGCCUUCCGCAGCUUUAUUACUAGCGACAAAAUAUGCGCUGGGACUAAGACUGCCACAGCACUCUGCAAAGGCGACAGCGGCGGCGGCCUAGUCUUCCCAGAGGUGGAACGCGACGUUCAACGCUGGUACCUCCGAGGAAUAGUGUCCACUGCCCCUAGCAACGGACAUAAGUGUAACGCGAACUCGUAUACGAGUUUCACGCAACUGUUGAAGCAUGACGAGUUUGUUAGGAAAUAUCUUAAUAAUAGGAGCAGAUGAUAGGUUUUGGUAUUGAGUACAAAAUUGUAUCCACGGGCAUUUUCAGAAUUUGAGACCCCCCCACUAGGGAAAGUUGUUAACAAUUAUUAACUCACUGUCAGUUUUGUGACGAGCAUGAAAUUUCAAUAAAAAUAUUGUUUGUGUAUUAAUUACAUAAACGGCGGUUUAGUGGUGACGGGUUAAGAAUUUCACCACCCCCUUUCUUCCCGUGG